AUGGUCCCGGUCAGAAAAAGGUCUGGUAACGUUAGAAUCUGCUCAGAUCUGAAAAAGCUGAAUCUGUCGGUGAAGCAAGAACGAUUCGUGCUGCCCACCUUAGACGAAAUCCUGUACAAACUCAGUGGAUCAAACAGGCUUGAUGCAACUUCUUCCUUUUGGCAGUUGACACUGGACGACGACUCCGCGAAGCUGACCACUUUCAUUACCCCGUUCGGCCGGUACUUCUACAGACGUCUCUGCUUUGGAAUCACCUCUGCGCCUGAGAUAUUUCAGCAUUCGAUGCAAGACAUUCUAUUGGGCAUAGAUGGUGUUGAGUGCUUUAUGGGCGACAUCCUCCGGCACACGGAUGGUCUGGAGGAACACGAUGAACUGAAGAAGAAAGUCUAUCAGCGGCUAAAGGAGCAUGGGGUCAAGUUGAACAAAUCUAAGUGCAAGUUUGAGCAGGUUUGUGCCAAAUCUGGCAACAGUCAUGAAGCCGCUCAACCAUCUUCUGAACCACAAUGCUGA